CUCAAUAAACACUAGUGCUCGAGCUCUUGAAAUACGAGUACAAUAAAGCGUUUAUCAUAAUGGAAGCUCCGGAAAAAUGCUGCGACACCCAAAUCAAAGUUCUGUCCUCUGGCGACUAUAUCCUACCGCCGCCAUUGCAAGCGUCCAUUGACAAAAUAGUAGAAAAAGAAGGAUAUAUAUCUCACAAAACUAUCAACAGGUCAAUAUCGACCAGCGGUGGUAACUUCUUGGGAGAACUGUACGAAGUUGACAUUAAAGGAAGAACUGCGGACGGCGAUAAAGAGACCAAUAUUUUUAUUAAAAAUAAAAUGGAUGACAUACAAGUGACUAUUAUUGAUGUUACAGAAUGUUACAGCAUGGAGAAUUUCUUUUACGGACACCUCUCAAAACUGUACUAUGAUAUACAAAACAAAGCCAAUAUUCCUAUUGAAGAAAGAUUCAAUAUGGUUAAAAGUUACGAUGCCACGAAUCCGAAUGCUAUAAUUCUAGAGAACCUGGCUAAAAAGGGCUUCACGACUGUUCAUCGAAUGGAGGUCGCUUCUCUUAAGUUUGCACAACUUUCUGUCCAGCAGCUGGCCAGGUUCCACGGCUUGUCCUGGGUCUUGGAAAAACUGCAUCCUGAAUACUUCGAAAAGAAAAUCAGGCCUUUGAAAUUGACAUUUCAAUUUAACGACGAUUACCAAAAGUUCAUUGACAAUAUGAGCACGUAUACGGAUAAAUGUGUGGAUGUGCAGCAGAAAGUUAGAUUAAACAAAUUUAAACCCGGCGUUAUGGAUACCUUAAAAAAGAAUUACUUUGAGAAUGCUGGGAGAAGAUGCUGCUUAUGCCAUGGAGACUACAGGGCUAACAAUAUUCUUGUAAAAAAAGAUGGCGAUAGCAUAAGUGAAGUCAUUCCAGUGGACUAUCAGCUGCUCUACUACGGGUGUCCCGUCAUGGAUUUCAUAUAUUUCAUCUUCCCCUGCACCGACCAAGAGUUCAGAAGAAAACAUCUUGACGAUCUGAAAGAUCUGUAUUACGAAAGUUUAAGAAAGUUCCUUAAAUAUUUUAACAUGGACGUUGAGUCAUUGUACCCACGGCGGGAAUUUGAAACAGAGUACAAGAAAAGACUAGAUUGUGGUCUAGCUUUUGGCCUUUUGAUAACUCCUAUACUCUUCACUGAAGACGAUGACGUCCCUGACCUUGCGAAAGGUGAUUUGGGAACAGUUUCUGUUACUCCAGAUCCAAAAAUGGAUGAAAGGAUUAGAGGUCUUGUAGAUGAUUUCCAAAAGUGGGGUAUUUUGUAAGGAAAUUUACUUGUUAAUUCAUUCGUUAUUAACUUAACUGUAUCUUUUUGACAUUCUAUUGUUUUAAGACAGUGAUUAGUGAUGUACCGACUAUUGAUUUGGCCGACUAGCCGACUAGCCGACUAAUCGGCGCUCGAAUGGCCGAUUAGUCGGCCGACUAGUCGGCUAGUCGGCCAGAUCAUUAGUUUCGUAUAAGUUCAGGUGAAAAACAAUAGUUUUGCUCUUUUGGUUGCGCUAUUCAUAUAUUAGCUUGGUAAAAGGUGUUCUCGACAGGUUCAAAGACCUAUCACUAGAAUUCUCGUUCAAUUUCUGUCUUUCUUUUAUUUUGCGAUCCUGAGCAGACCGUCAGUAGGUACAACUUGUAGGAGGUAUUUCCAAGGCUCUAUUUCUCGUACGUAGUUGCCAGUUAAGAACCUAUCCCCUGUGGUCAGCGUCUUUAUGAGCAACGUGCCCUGUUUAUAAGUCUCUAAAUUUUGCAAUUACAUUAACCACCACCACCAUGGCUACACCAUAAAAAAAAAAACCAAAAACUGAAUUAUAAUAAAAUCCUUUAAGUAUAAAACUUGGCCAUAAAAUUACACGAGAAUCAGUUGAGAUCGACCUGUAGAGGAAUACACCAGCCCACCACCAUACGAUAACGACCAAACGGUCAAUUAUAUGAACAACAGUUUUCACACCCUGAAUAGGUAUUUUGGUAAAAUAGACAUAAAACAUAUGGUAAAUAUUGACUGUUGGUUUCUUUUUUUCUGUUUUCUUUCACUUAUAAAGUGCCGACUAAUCGGCCAUUUUUGCCGACUAGUCGCCGACUAAUCGCCGACUACAAAUGUGGCCGGAUAGUCGGCUUUCCCGACUAGUCGGCGACUAGUCGGUACAUCCCUAACAGUGAUAAUUUAAUUAUUCAAAAUGUUAUAUUUUUAGGAUGUUUUACUAUUAAAUUUAUUUUGAAUGUU